AGAGUGAGAGAGUGAUCGUGAUCUUUCUCUCUCUUUCUCUCUCUCUCUCUCUCAUCCCCUCCCCUUCUCUCUCACUCAGGCAUACAUAGCCUACACUUUCAUGCGGACACGGGAGGACUAUUAUUAUUUCGUCCAGGAGGAUAUAUAGUCGCAUCAGUGUGAAAACUGAAGGAAGCUCUUCAUAAAGAAGAUUGGAUUUGUGUUUCGAGGCUUAAGUCGCCUGAGGCUCUUUCGCUCCUGCCAACAAAAUGUCUGCCCCUGAUGCCGCUGCAAGCCCUGGAGCCCCAGGGGCCCCAGAGGGUGAGGGGGGCGCACCCGCCGCACCUCCCAACCUCACCAGCAACCGUCGUCUCCAACAGACACAGGCCCAAGUGGAUGAGGUGGUUGACAUCAUGCGCGUGAAUGUGGACAAGGUUCUGGAAAGAGAUCAGAAGCUCUCAGAACUGGACGACAGGGCGGACGCACUCCAGGCCGGAGCAUCACAGUUUGAGAGCAGCGCUGCUAAACUGAAAAACAAGUACUGGUGGAAGAAUGCUAAGAUGAUGAUAAUGAUGGGAAUUAUUGGGGUCAUCCUGGUGGGCAUCCUUUUCAUGUACUUCUACUACUGAGCCUCUCGUGGGACGCACAAGGACAGGAGACCCUGGCUUUGUGUGAACUCCACCCCUCCUUUUCUCCCCACCAAUGCUUCAUUGAAUCCACCGUGUGUGUGCGUGCGUGUGUGUGUGCAGUCAUUGACGCAGUGCCUCUCCCUCCCUUUGUCUGUCACUGCAUUUCUUUGUACCUCUCUUGAGUGCUUCGCAACAGUGCCCGAGCUUACUCAAAAACUCCUUCGGUUAGGACGAUCGACGUACGGUUUUCGAUUGGAGAAUGUGUUGGUCCUUUUCAGGGCAAAAACAAUGGGUGAUGCAAUAAUAUAGAUUUCUAGCGUUGUCCAAAUGAACCCAUGAAUAACUAAAGAGGGAGAAUGAAAUGCAAAGAUCAGUUUGACUUUAGGAUCAAGUCAUGCAUUUAUGCACAGAAACAAAAGUGUACUAGUUUACCCAGAAACAACUGUUAUUACGGUAUUAACAAAGUGCAACUGCAAUGAGAAAUUGCAGAAAGUAAAGUAUAAUUGAUUUUUUUUAGCCCUCCUCCAAAUAGAUUCCUAACAGCAACUUGUUUUCAUUUCCAAACAUGGACCUUUAAAAACCUGGAUGAUUUUGAAUAGAGCAGUUACCAUGUGUAUUAAAUGUCUUAAAGUGACUAUUGAUCUAGUAUAUUUCCUUCCAUAUCAUAAUGUUAAACGUUUCUUGGAUGGUGCAAUUUUAUAAUUAAUUUAAAGAUUUUAAAAGUACAAUGCAAGACGUUUUACUUUGCACUUAGAGUCGGCAGUCGACUUAAGGAGAAUAUCUGAUCAUAAAUCGAUGCUUUGUUCAUGUCAGCCAGAAAAUCAAUGGAGUUUGGAAGAACAAAUAGAGAUGGGAAAAGAAAAACGUAAUAUCAAUGGUAUUAUAUAUAUAUGGGGAUUUAAGAUUUUAGCUUGUGACCACAAUAUAAAAUAAUGUGACAAAUUUGUUUUUUUUUUAUUAUUAUUUUUUAAUAUUUUUAUAUUUGAGAUUAUUGCGACACAAAUGUGUGGUCACAAAUAGAAUUCCACAUCUUAACAAAAUAUGUGACCGUUAAAAGAAAAAUAAAAUGAAUGGCAAACUUCUGACUUUACUGGCACCAUGAUGUUUUAGGUUGAAUGAACAACUACUGAUAUGCAAACUGAAAGAUAACUGAUAAUGUGACUAAUUUAAUGUAUUUGUAAAUAUUUGGGAUUCAGUGUGGGAGCGGAUACGUAAUCAGCACUGGAGACGACAAUGUUCAGGGACGUACCUCUGCAUGUGUUUGUGUUAAAUAUACAUGGGCACUUUAACCACCUUCGUAAUAAUGAUUGUAUGAUUGAGAGGACAUUUUUUGGGUAUUAAGGACAUAUUGUCCAGCACCUAAAUCUAAGAAUACUUGCUCUUGUUGAUGUGUACCAUCUGUGUGAAUAACAUCCCCUACAUUAAGCAUUAACCCAAAUUGCAAACCUAAUGCAGGGAAGUGAAUGUCAUUCCCUUAAAUAAAAAAAUAAUAAAAAAAAGCGCACUCCUGAAUACAUUGUGUUUUAUGCAAACUAUUCAUUUGUAAGUAUGUGCUUCAGAGAUGCAUAAAAUAACAGAUCCUGUCCCUGAUCAUUUGGAGCCAAGCUGCUUACUCGUGGUUCAUUUUAAAGCAUGUCUGCUUGCCCACCAUGUGCUGAUUCUAAUAAAGUGCUGAUGCUGUUA